CUCGGGCCUGCUCUUCGCCAUGCGCGCCGGUGCGCGGCUCAAUGCCGCUUGCGGCCUCUGUCCAUGGCGGCGCGCGCGCCCACACGCGUCUGCGCCAGGCCGCCGCGUGCCCUCGUGAGCGUGAGAGGCAAGAAGACGACGACGACGCUCAAGGGCGAUGAGCUGCCCCAGGGUCCCAUCGCCGCCGUACCACUGGACGAGCCCGACGAGCAUGCUGGCCCCGUCUAUCCCACCGUCCUGCAGCAGGUGCGCAACAACAUGCGCAAGUUUGCCCAUUGCGUCGUCAUCACGCGCAUUGGCAACUUCUACGAGCUCUAUUUCGAGCACGCUGAAGAGUAUGGGCCCCUCCUCAACAUCAAAGUCUCCCGCAGAAGGACGGCCGCGGGGCCUGUCUACAUGGCCGGCUUUCCCUACUUCCAACUGGACCGCUUCCUCAAGAUCCUGGUCCAAGAUCUUAACAAGCACGUGGCUGUCAGCGACGAGAUCCGCAACAAUGCCUCGGAGAAGGUCAAGUCGGGUGGCCUGCUGUUUGAUCGAAAGGUCACCCGUAUCAUCUCUGCCGGGACCCUGAUAGACGAAAAGUUCAUGGACCCUUGGGAAAACAAUUACUGUCUCAGCAUAUACCACGAGCCCUUGACCGCUGAUCCACGGCCUGGCCCCGAUGACAGAGAGACAAAGGCCGCUCACCAAUCUGCCAAUGUUGGGCUCGCAUGGUUGGAUCUGUCUAGUGGUGAGUUCUUUACACAGAGCACAAGCCUAGCUGGCUUGUCCUCGGCCGUUGCACGUAUCGGACCGCGUGAAAUUGUUUUGGACAGCUUGAUGCGGAAUGCCAGUCCCUCUUCUCGCCUCAUCGACAUGCUCGAGGAAGAACAUCAUGUCAUUACUUUCCAAGAGCCACAGGAACACAAGACGACACUGGAUGAUUGGGUGCCAUUACUCACAACCGGUGCCCCUGACUUCAAAACGGCAAUAUUUCCCCAAGUCGAAUCCACAGCCGCAGCUUCUCUUUUGCAGUACGUUCACACACAGCUUCAAGGUUCCGGGAUCACGCUGCAACCGCCGGUUCGACGGCAGGCGAGUGAGUAUAUGAGCAUCGAUAGGAACACGCUGCGAGCAUUGGAACUCCGAAGCACCUUGAGAGAGGGAAAAUACGAGGGCAGCCUUCUUCAUGCAAUCAGACGGACGGUGACUAAGAGUGGGACGAGAUUGUUGUCCGAAAGACUGGUAUCCCCUUCGAUGUCGUUGGAAACCAUCAAUGGCCGCUUAGAUCUCGUCACAAAGUUUCUAGAAGAUGCGGCGCUUCGUCAAAACUUGGUUGCACUAUUGCGCCGAACGUUCGACUCGCGCCGCCUUUUGCAGAAAUUUUCUAUGGGCAGAGGUGAUGCAGAUGAUCUAUUAGAACUGUCUAAAACAAUUCAGUCUACCUUAGAUAUUGCGCGGCUUUUGAAGGACGAAGCAUCCUCGGAUCCGAAAACAACAGGGUCAUCAUUACUGCGCUUGUCGGAUCGUCUGUCCUUGAAAGAGCCAUCCCGAUUGGCAACGCGCAUAUUAGAAGCUAUUGACGAGGAGGGCCUUACCGAACAGCAUCGUCUCGAAGAUGACGAAGCAGCUGCAGUUACCGUUCUGGCAGUGGAAGUAUUGAACGAAGAGGGCGAAGAUGAACAAUCUGCCGCUAUCUCCAAAAGGGCCAAAGCUAAAGCAAACGGCAAGUCAGACUGCCAAAAGUCUAAUGACACUAGCUGCUCGGACGUCUGGACAAUGAGGCGAAGUGCGAGCACAACAUUGAAAAGAUUGCAUAAAGCGUUGGAUGAACUGGUGUCUCAGCGAGAAGACCUUGCUGCACGCCUUAGAGACGAGACAGGAUCUUCAACUUUAACAUUGAGAUGGACUCCCGGACUGGGACAUAUAGUUCAUGUCAAGGGGAAGGGAGGCUCGGUAGCCGACUUGUCUUCUGUACGAAGUGUUGGUUCAAGCAGGUCCACUCGCUCGUACCACCUGCCAGAAUGGACCCAUUUGGGAAAUCAAAUGGAAGAGGCCAAGCUGCGCAUCCGCGCUGAAGAACAGAGGGUUUUCGUCGAACUAAGAGCAAAGGUCAUUCGUAACCUUGUCAGGCUUCGACGCAAUGCGGCGAUUUUGGAUGAACUCGACGUCUCCUGCUCCUUUGCGACAUUGGCUGAAGAGAAGGGCCUGAUACGGCCAAUCCUAGACAACAGCACUGCACACAAUAUCGUUGGUGGCAGGCAUCCAGUGGUAGAAAGCAGCCUAUUAGAACAAGGCAGAAGCUUUACAUCUAACAGUUGUAGUGUCGGGGGUGACAAGCGCAUUCUCCUCAUUACAGGCCCCAACAUGGCUGGUAAAAGCACAUUCUUGCGACAGAACGCCUUGAUUUCAAUUCUGGCACAGACAGGCUCCUUCGUUCCGGCAGAUUAUGCAGAGAUCGGUCUGGUGGACCAGAUCUUCAGUCGUGUCGGGUCUGCCGACAAUCUCUAUCAGGACCAAUCUACGUUCAUGGUAGAAAUGCUGGAGACAGCUGACAUUCUCAAGCAGGCUACGCCUCGCUCCUUUGUGAUCAUGGAUGAGGUCGGCCGGGGCACAACACCCGAAGACGGAAUCGCCGUCGGCUAUGCCUGUUUGCAUCACCUUUACAAUAUCAACCAGUGCCGGACGCUCUUCUCAACACAUUUCCAUAAACUCGCUGAUAUGACUAGCGGGUUUGAGAAACUGGCGUGCUACUGCACGGACGUUGAAGAAGAGGAUGAUGGUUCUUUUACCUACGUGCACAGGCUGAGAAACGGCACCAACAGGAAAUCGCAUGCGUUGAAGGUCGCUCGAGUUGCUGGACUCCCAGAAGAAGCCAUCAAAACUGCGGCAGCAGCGCUUAAGGACUUGGAGCUCCAGUCACAAGUCAACACGGACUAAGCUCACUGGAAGCAAUGCAGCCUCGUUUAUCGUGCCGACACUUGUUGCUGUCUCUACUCAUUGGAACACCCAUGCCAUUGCCUCCCGAGCCAAUGGCCAGGUGCGUACAGCACAACCAAACUGUACCGAUUCGCUACUCUAGUGGUUCUCGGGACCGGGCUGUUGUGCUAUGUUACCUGCCUCAAUUAAAAUGCACUUGGAGCUAGAUGACGCUAUCUAGUCAAAAAGCGAUGCAUUAACGGUGAAUGUAAAAUUGCUAAUGCAUGUGGUUGACUGCACGGAGACCUGGGCACCAUAAAUAUAUUCAUUGGCC